AUUUAUAUACUUAAUAUGUAUAUAGAUGCAAUUGUGUUAGAAAUAAAAAUGGUUUCUGCAUGUGUUUUUCCUGAAGAACUUAUUACAAAACCAUUGAGUUAUGUAGCACUGACAGGUUUGGACACUCAAAAUAAUGCUAUUCAUAGAUCAAUUUGGGAUACUUUUACAAUAAAUAGACGUCAAGAGAAAUUACUUAAUAUUCAAUUAUUGCCAGGAGACACAGACUUUCCUAAAAGAAAACAAAAGCAGAGAACCUCUUAUGAGUUUUAUAUUCCUAAAGGAAUACUAAAAUGCAACUGGAUGUCAAAGCACCUAAAUGUUAUUCCUACUGUUGUUGUUGUUUUUUACGAUCUUGACUGGAAUGAUCAACAGUGGAAAGAAAAACAAUCAGAAUGUGCUUCUAGAGUUGCUGUUAUUAGAGUGAGUCUUCAAGAUCGAAGUACGAAGAUUGCAGUAGUCCUUAUUCAGAAAAAUAUGCCAUUACCUCCUGGUGAAGAUCCACAAGCUGUUCAAAGAGCUGAGGCAUUGUGUCAAGCUUGUCAACUACCAUCUAAACUUUUGUUUGUGAUACCAUUUAGCGACAAUCUCCAAGGUUACAUUUCAAGACUUGAAGGAGCGUUUUGUGACAUUGCUUACAAUCAUUACACCUCAGAAGUACGCUUUGUAAAGCAACAUAAGGAACUGUUGAACAAAUCACAGCAUCAGCAACUCUUUGUCAGGCAUCAAUUCAAAAUUGGAUUUUACAAUGAACUUAAACAAGACCUGCCUGUAGCACUAAAACACUAUAAACAGGCGUAUCAGUUCAUAUUAGAACAGCGAUUGACAGAUGUUAAUAAUUUGGAAGUAAAAGUGGUUUCUGGUUUCCUCAGUUACAAAAUAUGUCGAAUUUCUUUUCAAAAAAAUGCCCCUCUUGAUGCUAUUACUCAAUUUCGAAAACAUAUUGACUAUUUUAAAGGAAAAGUUGGGGGUAGCGAGCUUGCUUUUGAGCAUGCUGCAUGGAUGGCCAAACAAUUCAGUUUGUUUGGCGAUUUAUUUCAAGAAGCUAUAAAAAAUGGUCUUCAAGCCAUUCAGACUCAGCAUCCUGGUUUUUAUUACCAACAAGCUGCUAAUCACACAAUAAUAAGAAGAGAAAGAUGCAAGGCUCUUUGUGUUUCUUCAGUUCCGCCUGGCGCAGAGCUCUUAGUGGAUAUAAACAAUCUGGAGUUUUUUGGCCAACGUUCUUGGAGGCAGGGUUGUCAAGCUGCAGAAGUCCCUGAUCCAGUCAUAGAGCAUGCUGGGAUACAAGCUCUUCAAUUAGAAGAACUUAAAGUAGAACACUGUUGGAUUAUAAUACCAUUAUUGAGCAGUGCUGUAGCACAAUUUCGAGAAUACAAGUCUGUACGCAUGAAACUUUUUCUCAUGGUACAGAUGGGUGAAGAAUACUUUAAUGCUAAAGAUUAUAACAAAGCUUUAACUUUGUUGAAUCGAGUGUCAGCUUUUUACCGUGGAGAAAAAUGGUGGCUUCUGCUAACUAGUAUUCUACGUACUGCAUUAAAUUGUGCAUAUUUAACAGCUAAUGUUCAGGAUUAUGUAACUCUUUGUCUGGAAUUGCUCUCAAACAAUUGUUGUCUUGAAGCAGAUGAAAAAACAAGAAUUCAAAUGAAUUUAAUGAGAGUAGUAAAGCAAAUGAAUCCAGAACCAGAAAGUAGAUGUAACCAAUCAACAAUUGAAAAAGUUAAAGACCUUUGGAAGUCUGAAAUUGAUGUAGGCAAGCAAAAUGAUAAAAAAUAUACCAUCAAUCUAGAGAGUCUUGCUUCAUUUGUUGAAUGUCGGCCAUCUUUUGAACAAGACUCAUUCUGUUUGGAUGAAGUUGUUGUUAUUAAAGUCUAUCUGCGGUCUGUUGCUGCAUAUCCAAUUCGUUUCUCAGAGCUUGGUCUCCAGUUUAGUAAUCCAAUACAUAAUGUGGAAUGCAAAAAAACUGACAAUAAUGAUGCUGCUGACCAAUUUAGUGGUGAUUCAGAUCUUUAUUUAGAACCGGGAAAAGUAAAAGUUCAUUCUUUUAAGUUGGUUUUGUCACCAACAGAUCUAAAUCAAAAAUUGGAAAUAAAGCAAGUGUACCUAUCACUUGGGGGUAAAUUUAUUCUCCGUUGGAAUGGAGCUGGUUUAGACGCUAACAUAAGUCCACAAUAUGAUUCUUAUAAUUAUGGUGGAGAACGACUGCCUGUUAAACUUGGAAAAGAUGGUAACAUACUUUGGGAAUCAGUGACCAUAUCACCAUUUACUAACAUUUUACCAAGAGAAGCAAAAGUCCAUUUAAACAUUAGUCAUAAUCAACCGAUGUUAAUUGAUGAGUUCUAUCGAUUUGAAAUCAAUAUUAAAAAUUUAGAAACAACUCCUAUUCAUAAUACAAGACUUACAGUAAAAUUGAUAUCAGAUGAACAAGAUGCUAUUAACAGCAAGACUGAUUCUACUGCAUCUGCAUUGUAUUUGCAUGAGGUUGAGAGAGAUGUCUUAAACCAUGCUGGUUUAAAAUUAGUCGAGUUUGAUUUGUCAUCAAUACAACCUGGAGAAAUGGUAAAAAAUAUUAUGUUUGCAAAGACAAGUGAAUUGGGAAAAAAAACUAUUUUAUUUAAAAUUAUUUAUAAUUUGGCUGUUCUAGUGGGCAACAAACAAAUCGAGGUUGAUUGUGUUUGUUCGAAGGAAGAGACCAUAGUGAUAGAUACUCAAAAGCCUUUCUCUGUUACAGCUACCAUCGCCGAUAUGCAGUUCCAACCUAUUCAAGAGGUUAUUGAAAAUAAUCCAUUUCUUGUUAUGGUAUACAUCAAUUGCAUAUCACCUUGGCCAAUUCACAUACUGAAUUCUAAGUUUAUAUUGUGAGCUUAAAUUCUACAGAGAAUGCUGGAGAAUGUCAAUGCAUAAAUGUUUUGAAAAGUUCUGAUCUUGAGUCAACUGCAGAAGCACGUACAUCACAAAUAGGACAUUAUGUUAUGAAAUGGAAAAGAUUAUCUGGUGGUGCUGCAGUAGAAACGAUGUUUGACCUACCUACCUGUAAAAUUGAUUUAUCUUUGUUUAAAUUAAGAGUAGACAUACCAUCAUUUGGUUGUGUUCAAGAAGCAUUAAUUAUUGAUUUUUUUAUAAUCAAUUGUACAAAUCUUGUUCAAGAGGUGGAGGCUCAUAUUGAACAGGGCGAGUCUUUUAUGUUAGCUGGAAAUAGUCAGAUUCAACUGCGAAUUCUUCCUCAAGACGAACAUAAGUUAACAUUUAAUCUGUUUCCUCUUUAUUCUGGGGAACUGUUGCUACCUAAACUGCAUAUAAAUCUACCUCAGCAUCGCAAUUUUAGUUCAGACAGUUUGACGCAAUAUAAUUUACCGAAAUAUAUUUUUGUAAAGCCUCUUAAAAUUACCAAUUCUUUCUCGAAUGAAGUUCAAGUAAUGUAAUCCGAAGGAAACCUUACAUUACAACUUGUUUAUAUAUUUAUAACAAUUGAAUGAUGGACAGAUUUUGUGUCACAAGAUAUUUUAUAAAUCAACUUUUUCAAUAACAUUAGAUGAGUAAAAAUAUGAAAUAAUAACAUUAUCCGUGUUUUGUAUAUAAAUUUUUACAUUUUUGAAGUUGUAAACUAUUUACUGAAAUAUUCACAAACUUGAAGAAUCUGGAACACAAACAUAAAAAUUCUGGAACACAAACAUGAAGGGUCUGGAAAUAGAAUAAUAAUAAUUAGCAAACAAUAUGGAACUGGAUUAGUUUGAUUUUUGUCUUGUUUAGAUUCACGUUCUAAGUGUUUUCUAUGUUUUGGUUUUUUUCUAUACAUCUUUUAUUUUCUAUGAACCAAUGAGGUAUUACCUUAAAUGUCCCUGUGCCAGUCCAUUUAUGUUUUUUUUACCUGGGUAUUAAUGUUUUUAUUACUCUUCAAUUACUGUGGUAUAUUAUACUAUCUUACUUAUUAAAAAAAUAUAUAACAUCAACGCGUAUAUUUAGAAAUUUAUUUCAUUGUUUUACUCUUUUGUGACUGUACAAUAUGAGGUCAGUGGAAGAAGCAUGUAGUAUUGAAAUGUUUAUUUUUAUGAACAAUAUUUAUUAGACAAUUGCAACUUUAAAAAAAACUUUUAUCAGUGUU